ACAACGAAAACGAAAACGACAAGCAGCGGUGCAGUUACGGCGUUACGUUGCAGUCACAGCGGACAGACGGGACGUAUACACGGAUCAAGAAUAGUAGUGAAGGCGAAAAUGUCCAGGAAUUUUUUUUUAUCAAGGAAAAAAUAAAUAAAUAAUGUUAAACUAAUAAUGUAGAGUACGUCGCAUUAAUCCUGACGAUGAAUAAAGUGAAUGUUAGGCUGAAAUGUGAAUCAUAAAUAAGCUUCCAUGCAGUGGUUUUAUAGAAAGAUAAAAUCGCAGAUGUUCAGUGUGUAAAUUAUUGUAGUUGCGUACGAACAGUGAUAGCGGCGGCCAAAACACCACCUUAGCAGAGGAUGUCCAAUGUCUUCAACUAAUACGUGCCAAAAAAAUACAUUUUAGUGAACCAUUUCAUAAAAUAAUAAAAAUAUAGAAAAAUCAGCGAAGCGCGAAUCUCUUCUAUCCAUCAUCACAAUCACAUCAUAUCAAAUAAUUACUGAGCAACAUACUUACAACUCUACGUUAGGCGAGGCCAGUCGGUCGGUCACUGGAUCCAUCGAUCGGGCGAUCGUUGGUCAGUCACUGGGUUCGUUCGUUAAGUCCUUCGUUUGGUCCGUAGGCAAAAUUCCCGCUGUAACUUACUUUCAAUUAGUUACAUGGUUUUGGGUCUGCAGUGAAGGCGUUCGGUCGGUCCAGUCGGUUGGGUCCAGGCGGUCGGAAGUUUAUGCAGUUCUGAAUGUCUUUAUGCUUUAAUCAUGGUGAAAUUGACCACCGACACAAUACGCUACCAUAUUAGAAUCUUUCUGAUUACAAAUCAUGACAGAAGGACAUGAAAGCGACUUCUUAGUUACAGUACGCGCACAGGUUAUGACCAGAGACGAAAGCACCGAGGGUUGGUUACCACUCGCUGGGGGUGGUUUGGCAAAUGUUUCAAUACGCAAACGUGCUAGGCUAUCCCCUGGCGCUGCUGGACAUGAAUACAUCAUCUACGGCCAAAGAAUCUCUGAUCAAAGUGUAAUUUUAAGCUGUGUCAUAAAUCGUGAUCUGAAGUAUUACAAAGUGAUGCCCACAUUUCAUCACUGGCGUGCUGGUAAACAACGCAAUGGUCUCACUUUUCAAACGGCUGCCGAUGCGCGCGCCUUCGACAAAGGCGUAUUGCGCGCCUACAAUGAAUUAAUUGAUGGCCUGGCUAAAUCGAAUCCAUCAAUAAUAUGUCCACCCCUCACCAAAUACGACUCUGUGGGUGAAGACGACGUUUUUAUGACCUUAGAUCUACCCGUGGAAACUGAUUGCGUACAUAAAUCACAUUCAAGUCCCGAAGGCAGCGAAAAAAGUCAGAAAAGUAUUAGUCUCGAUCGUGGUGAGCGCAUCAGCCAGAAAAGCGAUUUGGAUAGAUCCACGGAUGGUAAUGUCACACAAUAUCCGAAGGCCACAAUUCACUACAUAUCGAACGAGAAAUCAUGCAGCCUGCAAGCGCCACCACCGCCACCAUUGCUGUCCACUAUCACUGCGACCUCUCCAACUGCCGGUGGUAACGGCAAUAAUGGUGGCAAUAAUAAUAAGAGCAACCUGAUCACUACCACCGCCGUGAGCGCUGCCAUCAUAUCGCCGCCUAUCACCACCGUCUCGUCGAGUCAACUUGAAGCGCCACCGCCGUCGCUACCAACCGCCAUUGCGACCAGCGAGAAUUACUCCUACGUGCAGCUGACAGCGGUGCACGACUACAAUUAUCCGGUGGUCGAGCAGCCGGCUGGUGCGCAGGUACUCAACGCACGUCGUGAAUCGAUUAGUGCGUUGAAGAAGCGCAAUGCUUUAGAAGCGGCACAGGCAAUUGCUGCUGCUCAGUCGUCACCUAUCGCCGCCGGUGUGAUACUCAAAGAUCCCACUAGCAAUGUGGUGGAUAUCAUCAAGAAGAGUCAACGAGCGCGUUGUCGCUACUGUCACGAACUUUACAAUGACGAAUGGAAUCGGAAGGGUGCCUGUGAAUUUGCACCCGAUCGGUUUCGUUCGGCACUCGAGUGCAUUUCCGGAAUGGGCUGUGCGCGUUGCAUGAUAUAUCAUUGUAUGAGCGAUGCUGAGGGUGAAACGCCACAACAUCCAUGUGAGUGCGUCAACGAAGGGGGAUGCAUUAAGCGUUGGCUCGGGUUGACACUGUUAUCAUUGCUCGUACCCUGCCUUUGGUGUUAUCCGCCGCUGCGUGCCUGCCAUUGGCUGGGAGUAUCAUGUGGCGUGUGCGGCGGGCGACAUAAACAACAAGUCUGACAUUUGGAGGGACGGUUCCAAAAACAAUUCGAUAAUGGCUACGUUUACGGUUACGAAGUGGAAGCUGAUAUGAUGAAUUCAGACAGCUACGAUUAUGAUGGCAAUGGCAUCGGCGAUUUCGACGAUCUCUACGAUUGCUAUAAUUACAGCUACAACUACAGCAACUACAACCAAUACAAUUACAAUAAUUACAGCUACAAUUACAAUACUUACAAUCAACAAAAACAGCAUCAGACUACAAACGCUGGUGGCACAUUAACAGGACAAUUCGAGCAAUGGCAUCUUAGCGACGAUGCCAUAAUAGCGAAGGAACAGGAAAAAAUCAACAAGCAAAGAUUGAAGCAGCAAAAGAAGGAGAAAAAAAAGAAACUUAAAGAACAAAAACAACUACAAACGCCAUUACAUUACGCGCUGCAGCAGGCACGACCCACAGCACAACAAAACGACUAUGGGCGUUUGCUGUUUUAAUUUAAUUAUGUUUUGUAUGAAUCGACAAUUUUAUUUUGGCACUUAGAGAAGUUAAAUAAUUAAAUUGAUUUUGUUAUCAUUAUUUUCAUAUUCGAUUUGCAAUUCAUUAAAUUUAAAUUAUUCUUAAACUACGUUUCGAAAGAGGCACAAAUUACUUUUUUUAAGCUCAAAUGUUUGUGAUUUUUUUACAAUGACUUUAUCUGUUAAGGCCUAUGAAUGGUGUAUUUGCUUUAUUAUGAAAAGUUAAUGCCAUGUUGUGAAAUACUAACCAACCAACUAACGGCUUUCUGCGCCGUUUCAGCUGUAGUUCGGAUAUCAAAUCCGUCUCAUAGGAAAAGUCUCCACUGUCUGUGCGCAUAAAUGAAUUUUUUAAUCUUAAAUUUUCAAAUGCGUUGAAUAAUUAUUUUAGGUACCUUAUACACAUAUGUUUAAAAAUAAAUUAUAAUACACAAAUUGAGUUUAAUGUACAUUUUUUAAAAUAGUUUAAGCAUUUUUGUCUGAUUUGAGAAUUAAGUUUAAGUUGUAAAUAAAUAUGUUGCGGUAAAACUUGCGUCUUAAGCUGUGGUGGCAGUGUCUAAAAAAAAUAUAUAUAUAUGUAUAUGUAUAUGAAUUUUAUUGUUUUGUUAAUUGUAAUAAGUAUGUUUGUAUGAUUUCACGAGCUAUGGACGCUGUAUAGUGUUGUAUAUAUUAUUUUUAAUUAAGAAAGAUGUGCCACUUAUGAUUUUUUGUAAUAUACAUAUAAGUAUUUAAUAAAUAUAAUAUUUUUUGUGAGCAGCGCGCACAGUAUUAAUAAAAAAUUAUAAUCUUACAGUACAAGCAAAAAAUGGCAAAAUAAAAUCGUUUGAAAAAAGAUAACCAAAAAGUCGCCCAACAAAGAACAAAAAAAAACACGUUUUGUAAAAUGAGAAUUGGAAACAGUUUGUUCAAAAAUUGCAUGAAUUGACAAUGGAACUUAGUGGCUACUUGGUUUGAAAAGCAUUUAAAUGCAUAAUAUCCCUAAAAAAACUAGCUUGAAAAAAUCAAAUGUACAAAAAAUUAGCAUCUCUUAAGAUUUCUUUUUUUUCAAAUAACAGGUACUCUAAUUUUCAUAUUUUUACAAGUACAAGUUGUGUCUAUGUAAAUGUUUAUUAUGCAUAUUUUUACAUGUUAACCUUUAUACAAAACAAUAGUAUGAUUUUCUAUGCUAGGUGUUUUCCCUUCUUUGGCAUCAAUACUUAAUAUUUUUACUCGAAGUUUUAAAAAUUUGUUUCACACAUUAAUUAAAAGUUUACUAUUUUAGAUAUGUGUACAGUACUUGCUUGGCUGCUUCGACAUUCAUAACUAAAACAUUAAGAAUUGACUAACAUUGUACGCAUUGCGCGUCCAAAAAAGCAUUUUUUCAAUUUCACUAUAUCAAAGAAGCAGCAAAUUUAUAUUGUAAACAUAUCUGAAAUAAUUUGAGAUUAACUGUAUGGCAACAGUGACUAACAAAAAACAAAAAACAUAAGAUAUGCUACAGCGAAUCGUGAAAAAAUUGAAAAAAAAAAACAAAAAAGUGAAGUCAGCGCAUAGCUACUAUUAUUACAAAAUAAAAAUAUGAGAAAUUCUGCGUACAAAAAUUAUUAAUGUAAAUAAAAUAAAAAAAACAAAAAAA